AUGGGAGAGAUUGUGCCGCUUGUGCUGGAGGAGCAGCAGUUGUGCGAGGAAUUCUUCCAUCUGCACAUUCAGGAUGAGAGCAAGCGCAGUGGUGGCGGCGAUGGCAGCGGUGAAAGCGACAAGGGUGGUGAUGGUGGCGGAGAAGGGGGCGGGGAUGAUGGUGGUGGGGACGAUGAGGUGAGAGAGAAACAGCAGCAACACCAACACCUUGAAGUGCAGACGCCGCUGCGAACACCUCGCCGUGCGACGACACACACGCCGAGGCCACGGGAGCGGAAGCAGCCGUCGCGCCUGAGCACGGUCUCGCAUCAGCCACAGAUUCAUCCUCUGCUCCACGAUCUCCUCAACGUCAUGUUCAACGGCCUCGAUGACGCCAUCCACACCAUGAUGCAAGCCGGCUACAAACAGGAUGCCUUGUGCGUUGUUGCGCUAUUCUGCAUUUGCCGUGUGGUGCUCUCCAAUGUUCUGCGCUGGUCCUUUGUGGAGCUGGUGCCUGCGACAAUGCACGUUGUGGUUCCGCUCGCUCAUAUUUACGUCGUGGCACUUUGCAUCCACGUGUGCCUUGUCGGUUCGCACGUGUGUACCAUGCACAGCAACAGCACGGUGGCGCUGGUGGUGCUGAGCGGACUGUCGCAGCAAGUUGCCUCCGAGUCCACGUUUCUGUUCCAGCUGUUUGGAAAAUGCUACGUGUACGCCAAGCGGCUCUACGACUCCUACAUCGAUUCCGUGGUGGACGCUGUGAUGACUGCGCAAGUGAAGAAGAAAGACGGGUGUGGGAUUCUUCCAUUCGUAUCGUCGUUUUCGCGGCUUGUGCGUGACUCCGAGGCCGUCGGUGCAAAGGAGGAGUGCCAUUCGCUUCUGGACAAGGCAUAUCUGCGCCUGCUCGGUGCCAUCUUUGAUCGCGUUCAAGAAAUCGCCGCCGACGCGAAAGAGCCGGACGUCAUCCUCUUCGAGAACUUCCACAACCUCUACGACCAACUGUCCCGCCUGAAGAUUGACAGCUUGAAGCAAUACAGAGCGGACGCGCAGGAGAAAUACAGAACACACAUUACGCGCUUUGUGCAAAGCGUACUCGGUCGGCCAAUGGAACGCCUCUCGAGCUUCUUUGAAGGCGUGGAACAGCUGAUUCGACAAGGCACCGCCCCACAAGACGUGGGCUACUAUUCUGAGUUUAACAAACAGCAGCUGCGUGCUAUCAUCAAGCUCUACCCUGGGAAGGAAGUCAAGAAAGGCCUCGAAUCAACUUACAAGCGGGUGCAGAAGCAGCUGUGCACGGAAGAGAACCUGCUUGUGGUCGUUUGGCGCAGCAUUCAAGAGGAGUUUGUUCGUUUGCACGCGCACUUUGAAGAGCUCAUCGCCAAGUGCUACCCCAACUCAAACAUCCGGCUGGAGUUUGAGGUGGAGGAUUUGUUGCAGUAUUUCGCGAGCAUUGCUGAACGCUCUUGA